AUGAAACAACUGCCACGGGUGAUGAGGGACUGGCCCGACCUCUCCCCCACCACCUGCACAGAGCAGAAACACUCUGUAGAAAGGGCGAGAAAAGUCACGAAAAAGCAGAAACAAAAGGAAAAGAAGGAAAAGUUUAGAAAAAUCAGCCUGUCAUACGGAAUAUGUCAAGCUCUACACAGAACUUCUUUGGAUGAAAGGGUAUUGUAUCUAAAGUGCCUUUGCAGAUAUCUUAGCCCAACCUUCCCAGUGGCCAUGGACUCAACUGUGCCCACCGCCCCUCAUACACUGAAGCCCCAGCGCUCAGUAUGA